AUGGCAGCAGCUAUCGUAAAAAAGCCUUGUGUUUUAUGUUGUAAAGGUGGAGGUGUUACUACAUGUGAUGGAUGCCAGCAAACAUUUUGCAUUAAACAUAUUAUUGAACAUCGACAAGAACUUGCUCUUCAACUGGAAAAUAUUGGACAAGAGCAUGACCUUUUCCGACGUGAUCUCACACACGAAGAUUUAGCUCAUUCUUUUUUCGUACAUAUCGAUGAGUGGGAACAAGAAUCGAUUGCUAAGAUUCAAGUAGCAGCCGAAGUGGCUCGAGCCGAUCUUCGACAAUUGAUUAAUCAAACAAGAAAUGAACUGAAAGCCUCUAUAGACAAGGUUACCAAUGAAAUGCAGUCAUGCCGAGAAAUCGAUGAUUAUACUGAAAUUGAUUUGUUACGAUGGGCAGAGAAGUUAAAAGAACUUCGAAAAUUAUUUGAAACACAACUAGAUUUUCAAAUUACAAACGAUGAGGAUGUGUCUACUUCUAUGUCGAUGAUCAAAGUACGUGAAGAACAAUUAUCUGGUGCCGUUCUUACUCAUAGCCGGCAAAUCGUUGAGAAUAAUGGCAUUCAUCAGGAAGUGCUCGAAUUAAAUCAUGAAAGAUUUAAUAAUUUUCAAGGAAAAGUCAUACUAUCAGGUAGUGGCCUUUUAGCAACAUGUUCCGGUACUUAUUGGGACGGUUCGAACGUGUACGGAACUCGUCUUUAUGAAUCUGGCAUGCAGAAAAUUUAUUUUCGAAUUGAAAAUAAAGGAACCAACAAUCUUUUCUUUGGCAUUAGGACAGCGUCACACGAUUUACCUGUGCAAACCUUAACAUCACCAUAUGUGUACGGUUGGUGGGAACUUGAACAAGCUAUAGAAAGUAUUAGUGGAUAUCGAAUUCAUAGUGAUAGAACUAUUCGAACAGGCGAUGAAAUAACAAUGAUACUGGAUUGCGAUAAUAGACAGAUACAAUUUCAACAUCAUCGAAUCAAUAUGAAUCUCAAGUUACCUGUUGAACUUGAAAAAUGUCCAUUUCCGUGGAAAAUAAUUGUCACACUACGAUCAGCUGGUGAUAGUGUUCGCAUUAUUUUAUAA